CUGUUCAGUCUCCCAGCGCUGGUCUGGAGUCAGUGUCGGAGCGCUCUCAUGCCGUACACAAACACACACCUCUGGAGCGUCACAGGGAGGAUUAUGGGAUGGAGAGAGUUCAGCCGUCACACAGUUCUCUUCCUCCUGCACUGGCCUCAGCGCCGCUCAACAAGGUGAAGCACCUGCAGAUCCUCAGGGUUUGGUCCUGUAUCUUCAGGAAGCUCAUAUGUCUCUCGCUCUGCUUCCAGGCGCGUGAAUCCAGCGGCUCGUCAGAGUUCUUGUGCUCCGUGUGUCAUAAAGUGUUUCCUCUGCAGCGCAUGCUGACGCGUCACCUCAAGUGCCACAGUAUGAUCAAGAGACACCCCUGCAGGUUCUGCGGGAAAGGCUUCAACGACACCUUCGACCUGAAGAGACACAUGAGAACACACACCGGUAUCCGUCCGUACCGGUGUGAUCUGUGUGAGAAAGCCUUCACGCAGCGCUGCUCUCUGGAGUCUCACCUGCGGAAGAUCCACGGCGUGCGGCAGCAGUACGCUUACCGCCAGCGACGCUCCAAGAUCUUCGUGUGUGAGGACUGCGGCUUCACCUCCAGCCGACCGGACGAGUACUUCCUCCACGUCAGACAGCAGCACCCAGGCAGCCCGGCCCUGCGCCGUUAUUACCGCAAACACAUGCUGGAGAGCCCUUCGCAGCACAGCAUCACCCCCUUCAUGCUGUACCCCGCCGCCGGACUCUACAUGUGAAGCACCUUUAGUGUGUGUGCAUACCAGCGCUGGAGACACCACACUGUAACAAACAUUCCAUAACCUCUACAGUAAAAAGCUGGCAGCUGUGGUUGACUGAAUUUUACUGUAAAAAAAUAUGGUAGCAACAUUUUAGGUUUUACGAAUUCAACUUAUAUGUGUCCCUGCAGCACAGAA